AUGGCCGCGAACUACAGCGCCAACCAGUACGAGAAAGCAUACCGGCCUGUCCACCUUCAGAACUGGUCUCCGGCCCGGAGAACGAAGGAGAGAGUCACAGCCAAAGAGGGCUACACGCAGACCAUCGCGGAUGACCGUGGCCACCUGCUGCCCUCCGUACCUCGUUCCCAGGCUAGCCCCUGGGGCUCUUUCAUGGGUACCUGGCAGAUGCCACUCAAGAUGCCCCCCGCUCGGGUGAACCUCACCUCUCGCUCUGCUGCGGGCGCUGCCAACCUCACCAAGCGGAUCCAGGACAACCCAGACUUCCUCAAGGCCUGCAACGGGCCUCGGCCCGAGAUCCUAGGCAAGCUGCGGGAGCCCGAAUGGCCGGGACCCACCCUCAAGACUGAGCCACAGGCCCCGUCGCCUGCUAGGACCCCCAGCUCCCGGACUCCAGGCUCAGUGUCUGGGGAGGUACCCCGGAGCAGACACCCCUCAGCCGGCCAUACCCCUCGGCCACCGGCAGCAGAGAGAACGGUGGCUUCGCCUCUUCCCGGCUAUUUCCCUGCCAACACCAGUGGGCCAGAAGGCCUCUCAACCAUGCCUGUAAGAGGCGCAUCGGCCAUGCCCGUGCCAGAGCCCACAGAAGUUGGGAUGCAGCCCGACCCUCAGUAACGGCCAGUGCUGAAUGAGGGGGCAGGUGGCCUCCCAUGUGGUGCAGUGGGGCACAGGUUCAGGGCGGACAUGGGGAAUAAAUGUCUUCUUUUGGCUCAGGAUAAUAA